UUAUGUCAUAGCAAGAAAAUUGUAGCAUUUGCUUUGAGGAUUAUGAAGAUCCUGUUAAAUUACCUUGUAAUCAUAUUUUUUGUAGAGAUUGUAUAGUGGUUGCUCUGGAAGUAUAUUAUUUUAAUAAAAUCUAAGUAAAGACAGAGUUGUCCAAUCUGUAGAAGACUAUGUUGUAAUUACAUUAACUCACCAUUUCUUUCCAUCACUCAACCUGAAGAAAGUUUGCAUGAGCAAGAGGGAGAUCCUUGUUUUAUUUACAGAAUAACUAUACAUCACAAUGCUUAAGCUCAAUUUAAUUUCUUUGAAAAAAGGUAUGAAGUAUAAGAAUAUUUUUAGAUAUGUUGAAAUGAUUACAGAAGCUUUAAAAAAAAACUUGACUUUUAUAAUUGAUCCUCAAUACAAUGACUGUUGCAUGAGAGUUAAACUAAUUGAAUGUGUACCAGUUCAUCAGCAUUCAAUUUACGUCUGUACAGUAUAGAAUAUUCAACGUCUAAAAAUAAUUGGAUUUUCUGAAAGAAAUAUUAAGGAUUCUGAUUCUGUAUAAUUUAUAAAUAAUAUUUAGAAACUGAAAUAUGCAACUACCCAAUCAAUAAUUGACAAUUUCGAUUAAGAAACUUUAAUACUCUACUAGAAAUUACAUAUAUGUAUAGAAAAAAUAAUAGAAAUAUUAUCAUUGAAUGAAAAUGCAAAGAAUUAAUUAUUGGCACUUGCUGGUAAUAAGGAUGAGAUAUAACCAGAAAAAAUAUCGAAACAUUCAUUAGAACUUUUAUAAACUAUAUAGAUGUGUGAAAAUGGACUUUUAAAAUGGUAUUAUAGUACAGACAUUAAUGGAAGAUUAGGAGUCAUUCUAAAACAUUAUGAAUCUUAUCUGAAUUAUUGUUAGAACUAAUGA